GUGCCGCCGAGAAGCCCGGCGGCGACAAGGGCGGCCGAGGGGGCCGCGAGGAAGGGCGCCGGCGAGGCCGCCGCGGCGGCGCCAAGAGCGGCAAGGCGCCGGCGGGCGACGACAGCGCGACCGGCGACGACGCCUCCGACAGGGAGCCGCCGGAGUCGGAGCCGCUGGGGCCCCAUGUGCCGCCCCCUUGGCUGGACGACAGCGCCGCCGGAAAGGGAGGCAAGGCGGGCGGAAAAGGCGCGGGGCUCCGGCCCUCCGGGUUCGCGGCGGCGGAGCCAGCGCCGCCGGCGGCGGAGGCCCCGCCAGCAGACGUGGCCCGGGCGCUCGGCAAGCUAAACCCG